AUGUCAGCGAAGUGCAGUUUCAACAAUGUGGUGAAUGGGAAACAGGAGCAGAGCAGGUGCAGCAGGUACAGGCUGGAUGUUGUCAGAAACCUCUCUGCUCAGGGCUUCAUUCCUGGCAGGGACGUCAACGUCACCGAACUGGAACAGGAGGGCUGUGUGGACGGGUGGAGCUACAGCAAAGACAUCUACCAGUCUACCGUAGUCUCUGAGUUCGACCUGGUGUGCAGUGAUGAGUGGAAGCAGCCGUUCACCGCCACAGUUUACUUCAUUGGAGUUCUUUUUGGAUCCUUUUUCUCAGGACAGCUGUCAGACCGGUUUGGAAGAAAACCUGUGCUCUUUGCAACCAUGGCAGUUCAGACGUUAUUUUCCUUCAUUCGGGUCUUCUCUACUUCGUGGACUAUGUUUACUAUCCUCCUCUUCUUCAAUGGUUUGGGACAGAUGUCCAACUUUGUGGCUGCUUUAGUGCUGGGCGCUGAGAUCUUGACUGGCAAUGUGCGAGUCCUUUACUCAUCGUUGGGCUCGUGUUUAGGCUUUGCCAUUGGUUACAUGAUUCUACCUCUUGCUGCUUACUUUUUGAGGGAUUGGAAAUCUCUCAUGUUGGCUUCGUCUUUAUCCGGCCUGCUUUACCUCCCUCUCGUAUGGUUCAUCCCAGAGUCUCCUCGCUGGCUGCUCUCUCAGGGAAAAGUGGAGGAGGCUGAGGCCAUAGUGAGAAAGGCUGCUAAGUGGAACAAAGUUAAGGUUCCGAAUAUCAUCUUUCGAGAUUACAGUGGUGAUGAGAAAAACGCACAGCCUAUAGAAAAAGCCAAUGUCCUCGACCUGCUGAGGAAAAGCAGCAUGAGAACCACAACACUUAUCUUCUGCUUUGUGUUCUUCUGUUCAACAACAGGAUACUUUGGCCUGUCCCUGAACACAGCUCAGCUUCAUGCUAACCCCUACAUCAGCUGCUUCAUCUCAGCAGCUGUAGAGGUACCAGCCUACAUUUCUAGCUGGCUGAUUCUGCACUACCUUCCCCGCCGACCGUCUGUCAUCUCCUCUUUGCUUCUUGGAGCAAUGCCGCUUUACCUCAUACUAUUGGUGCCUCAAAGUCUACCCAAUCUCUGUAUUGCACUGGAGAUGUUCGGUAAAUAUGCUUUUACCGCUACUUUCUCCCUGAUGUUCACAUACUUGACAGAGCUUUACCCAACAGUGCUAAGGAACACAGCAAUAGGGACGUGCACGACUGUCUCCAGAGUGGGAUCAUGUAUAGCACCUUUUGUAAUAAAGCUGAAUACAUACAUAUUAUAUCUUCCUUAUAUUAUACUGUCGACUCUGGCUGUUGUGGCUGCCAUCGCUGCUUAUUUCCUGCCGGAGAGUUUUGGAAAACCUCUACCUGAAACUAUGACACAGAUGCAUAAGAGAGAAAGGUUUAAGUGUCAAUGCACUGGAAAAUAAACAACAAUACGAUUGGAA